AUGGAUACAGAGCAAACUAUUACUGGAAUGAGUCUGCUACAUAAUUUAUCUACUAGGAGCAAAGCAAAGCUCAAAUGGACAGCCGAUUUUAAGGCUCUACAAAGAUUUGUCGCAGACGUCUUGGGUUUGUCAGACGGCGAAUGGACCACGCCGGGAGGACACGCAAAGCUUUACCAAAAUGAAAGCAUCUCUAUCCGCUGGUAUUCUAAUACCAAAUCGAUCACCAUUAGUGGUAAAGACGAAAAGAAAUUCAAGGAGAAGCUGUUGAAAUUAGCCUCAAUUUCAGUGGGUUUAGCUAACGGCGAGGUCGAGGUCGUGUAUGUUAUUGAGAAAAACAGGUCAGUCAGCCAUAACGACAAUAAAUCCCACCCAAAUAAUGACCUAGACGAUUCCCAAGAGACUUAUCUUAAAAUCCUUAACUGCCAGUUACAAGCUAA